AUGCCGCAAGAAGCUAUUUCAACAGAGAAAGAAGUACAAGAGGAGUAUUCUACAUCGAAGGAAUGCUCGACAGCUGUUUCUGAACAUGAUUCCAACGUUAUCGGCUGGGAUGGGCCCAAUGAUCCAACUAAUCCAAAGAAUUUCAGCCAUAGGAGAAAGUGGAUCACAACUUUGCUUUUUGGUUGCUAUGCAGUCCUUUCACCUCUAUCCUCUUCAAUGAUCGCUCCUUGUAUUGAACAAAUGAGCAGGGACUUACACAUCAUUUCUUCGGUUGAACAAAAUAUGGCAGUUAGUAUCUAUAUGGCAGGUUAUAUCGUUGCUCCAUUAUUCAUAGGACCAUUGUCGGAGGUCGUUGGAAGGAGACCCGUUCUCAUGACUGCAAAUGCAACUUUUAUCGUUUUCAAUUUAUUAUGCUCUCGUGCUGGAAAUUUUAGUCAAAUCAUUGCAUUUCGUUUCCUGGCAGGUUUAGGAGGAGCAGGUCCGAUCAGCGUUGGAGGAGGUGCUUUGAGUGAUAUUUGGAGUGCAGAUGAACGUGGAAAAGCGAUUGCAUUAUUCUCUAUUGGACCUCUUCUUGGCCCGGCUAUUGGCCCAAUCGCAGGUGGUUUUAUGGUCGAACAUGAUCUUAUCGUAGGUCAACAAGCAUGGAGAUGGGUGUUCUAUAUUACGACAAUGGUUGCUGCCGUUCCUGCACUAUUGGGUGCAUUUUUCUUACCCGAAACUUUCGCUCCAGUUCUUCUGGCAAAGAAAGUUAAAAAGAUGAAGAAAGAAACUGGUAACGAAAAUUUACGAUCGAUUCAUCAAAAAGAUGAAACCUGGCUACAAUUAUGUGAACGAUCUUUGGUAAGACCUUUGAUCAUGAUUACAACGCAACCGAUUGUGAUCGUUCUUGCAUUAUAUCUGACCAUCAUCUUUGGUACUUAUUACAUCUUAUUGGUCACGUUUACACGAGUACAUCAAGAAGUAUACAAUGAAUCAAGUGGGAUUGCAUCAUUGCAUUAUUUAUCACUCGCUUUAGGAUUCUUGACCGGAAGAAUGAUAGGAACAAGAUUGAUGGAUAAAUUUUACAAGCAAUUCCGACAAAAGAAUGAUGGCAAAGCCACGCCUGAAAUGCGUUUGAUCUUAAUGGUCGUUCCGUGUUUUUUAAUUCCAACGGGAAUGAUUAUUUAUGGCUGGACCAUUCAAUAUCGAGUCUUUUGGCUUGUACCCGAUAUUGGUUCCUUCAUCUUUGGAAUGGGGAUCAUGGCAACGACUUUCGUCGUUCAAACAUAUACGAUAGACGCUUAUUCGGCUUAUGCAGCCAGUGCAUUAGCAGCAACAACUUCUUUACGAUCAGCAGCAGCAUUUGGAUUUCCCUUGUUUGCAUCAAAGAUGUACGACACCUUAGGUUAUGGAUGGGGUAAUACUCUUUUGGCUUUCCUUGCUUUCCUAGCUGGAGGGCCAGGCACAUUGUGCAUCUACCUUUAUGGUCCAAAACUACGCAAGCUUUCACCUUAUGCAGCAGGUGAAGAAUAUUAA